ACAAAACUAAAAGUGUACACUUAAGUGUCGAAAACGCAGCUCACUUUACAUUUCACACACCAAACAGGUGUUCAAAAUCACAAUGACGCAGAACGCCUCCGCUUCUGAGAAGAAGGACCUUGCGGCUGUCUCGAGCGAUGCUUCGACGGCGACUCCAAGCAGUGGCGCGCCGUCGGGCACUUGGUUUUCAAGGCGAAACAAGUCCGCUAGUGAUGCCGGUGCGAACACUGCCACGGCGACAGGCAAGGCUCAGCACUACAACGCGGUGCCAACAGCAAAGGAGCUCGGCGCGUCAUCGCUCAGCCACUCGCUGCUCCCGUCGUGGCACAAGAAGCCAAAGCGCGAGCCGUCGAGUGCCCAGAACGCACUCAUGCCAGAUACAAGCAGCAGCAGCAUCAGCACCGACAACAACAACAACAACACCAACAACAAGACUGCUGCUGCGGCGACCGAGCAGGAGCAGGCCGCAUGGGCGGCACGGAGCGCGGAGCGGCUCGCCAUGCUCGAAGACGCACAAUGCUACGCAUAUGCGUGUCUGGUCGCAGUGCUCCUGCCAUACCAGGCAGCACCCGAAAGCGAGGCCAACAGUCACGACAUUGCGCACGGAGGUGAGCGAGAAGGCCAGCGCGCCGCCGACCAGACUGAUGACAUGAUUGACAUGCAGCCAAUUCCGGGUACGCCCUCCAACACCACCGCUCACGCGAUUCCCACUGCUGGAUCUGCUGGAGGUGCAGCAUCAACGUUGGUAGCAUCGUCAUCGUUGUCGUCGUUGGCAUCAUCGUCAUCGUCGUCGUCAUCGCCGUUGGCAGAGUCGGAUCCGCUACUUUCACAGAGCUCGUCCCAAUCCCCUUCACACGAAGAGCACGUCGUGGCAAAGCUUGAAUUGACCCAUUCAACUCCGAAGGGCGUUCCGCUGAUCGACGCUACCCGCAAUGCGCGGUCGCUGGCCGUCGUGUCGGACAACAAGUUUAGUCGUCGGUUCCUCGAUGGCCUCUGUGAGCGACUCAAACUCCCUCGCGGCACGCACGCCGGUGUCCAGCAGGUGCUGAGCGACCGCACCCUUACGCCAGAGCUGUGCGCAGCAAUGCUGCUUCAUCCCGACAAGCCACACAUUCCGUGGGUCGUUUGCCAAGACCUCGUUGAAUUCUCCAUCCAAUCCGGCGAGUACGACUCCCGAGCUCGUGUACUGCUCAGAAAGGUUGCGGCCGCUUUGUCGGUGGCGUGGCCCUCCAUGGUAGAGUAUGAAGACAUGAUGGCGUCGGAUCUCUUGCGCGUACGCACUUUGACGCCCGAGGAAGAGGCAGAGCGAGAAGCUCGCGCCAAAAAGCAAAAGAUGCGCAAGUGGGCUCUCAUGGGUCUGGCGGCCGUUGGUGGCGGCGUCCUGAUCGGGCUGACUGCUGGGCUAGCUGCCCCUUUGAUUGCAGCCGGUGCCGGUGCCGUUGUUGGAACGAGUGGCGCUGCCUUCUUGGCUUCUGCAGGCGGCGUGGCUCUUGUCGGCACCCUCUUUGGUGCUGCCGGUGCUGGGCUUACAGGGUUCAAAAUGAAAACGCGUAUCGGCGGCCUGAAAGAGUUUGCAUUUGCACCCAUUUCUACCGGCGGACGAAUGCAUGUGGUCAUCACGGUGACUGGAUGGCUGGCGACAGAGGAAGCCACCUACCAAGCGCCCUGGGCUUCCCUGGACGAUGUCGGGGAGCAGUACACGGUUGAAUGGGAGCACCAAAAGCUGGUUGAUCUCGGAAAGGCACUGUCCAAUCUGAUCAAGGACCAGGUUGUGGGCUACGCUGCACAACAAAUUCUGCUACACACCGCGCUUGCUGGCAUGCUGGUUGCGUUGGCCUGGCCAGCAGCGCUUGUGUCUGCUGCCGGUCUUAUCGACAACCCGUGGGCUGUUGCUACAAAUCGAGCCGAAGAGUGCGGAAUUGCUCUUGCCAAUGCUCUGCAGGCGCGGCUGCAAGGCUGCCGACCAGUGUCGUUGAUUGGCUUUAGUUUGGGUGCUCGUGCGAUUCUGAAGUGCCUUGAGGAACUUGCUUCCCGCAAGGUCCCAAUUCACGGUUUGAUUGAAGACGUCUACCUCUUUGGAGCCGCCGUUCCCGGCGAUCCCCUGCAAUGGCAGUUGGCCAAGAGUGUUGUUGCGGGGAGGUUUGUCAACGGCUACAGCAGAGGGGACUGGCUGCUCACGUUCUUGUAUCGAGCAGCUUCCGCCCAGCUGUCGAUCGCAGGCAUUGCGCCGGUCGAGGUGGAAGGAAUCGAGAAUGUUGACCUGUCCGAUCUCAUCGUGAGCCACACAAAGUAUCCUGAACAAAUGCACAAGGUGCUGGCGCGUGUCGGCUUGAAUACGAGCCCCGUCCAAGCGGGCCCGUCUGAGAGCGACGAUGUAGGGAGCGCAACUAUGCCACCGGCGGCGGCUUCCGAGACAAGCGCAGUGGGCGAGGCAUCCGCUGCGCUUCCUGAUCCUUCAAGCACCGCCGAGUUGUCAAUGCCUUCCCGAGCCCCUCCGGUCACUCCUUUGGCCGCUGAAACGCCGGCCUCGGCAAGUCAAGAGCCGACUCGUGCUCCAGAUCUUCCACCGCUUUAAACCAAGCGAUACCACCUGCAGAUUACCGCCAAUCCGGUGACGACUGUCAAUGUUAAUAGAUUUUAUUUGCAACCAGA